AGACGCAAAGCACCGCAAUGGCCUUCCUAUCUGUUUUAAUCGCCUUCUUCAUGGGAAUCAUCGCUCUAUCCAAUGCUGAACCAGUAAUAGUGUCGCCAUUUCUCAGCAACCAGGUUUUGUUGGAAUCGCCGAAACCUUAUGAAUUUGGUUACGACUUUGGUGAUGGACUGGGCAUGACUCAACAAAGACGUGAAUCAGCCGAUGGUACUGGUCGCGUACAAGGCAGCUACAGCUACUUGGAUCCACUCGGAGUUGCAAGAAAGGUUGAGUACAAAGCUGAUGCUGGUGGAUUUAAAGCUACCAUACAUAGCAACGAACCUGGUUUGAACAGCCAUAAUGCUGCGGAUGCUACCUACUUUGUCCAACCACCACCACCUGCUGCUUUGGUACGUAAAGCAGGUUUAUUUGUUCCAGUUGUGCCAGCCUUUAAAUAGUACCUUACCUUCUAUGUUCCCAUGAAAAAGAAGAUUCUACCGAUAAAGAUGCCAUAUUGGAAAAAAAUGUUAAAUUGAACUGAAACUUAAUUUUAAUUGCUUGCAUCACUAACAUCAAUUCUCAGUAUCAUACUGUUGCUAUAAACUGUUUUAAUAACACAUUUUUCGUAAUGAAUGACUGAAGGCAUUGACUAUCAAAUAACUGAUCAAAUUAGCCGGAAAGUAAUGUGAUGCAAAAAUUGCACUUUUACUUAAAAAUUUUGAAAUAUGUGUAUACCCGAGAUAAAACGAAAACGUUUUU